AUGGAAUCAACUCCUCAACCUCCGGGUCCGACUAUACCAACCCCUCCAGCCCAACCAAUUCAUCAAAAGAUAACUCGUGGUCAUUCUUGUAUUCUCUGUCAGCAGAGAAAAGUGCGAUGCGACCGGCAAAAACCUCAAUGUUCAAAUUGCGUCAAAGCACAUGCUGAGUGUAUUCCAAGUACACCUGCUGCUCCACGUCGAAGGAGACGGAAGCUUAGCGAAUUAGAUGUCGCAGCAAGAUUACGGAAAUAUGAACAUUUAUUGAGAGUUAACGGAAUUCGAAUCGAAGACGAUGGUGUUACUGGUGGUGUUGGAAGUGCAAAUGCAAGUGGCACUGAAGACGGAAAUGCUGAUGAAUCAAUUUCAAUUCGCCAAGAAAAGACGCCCAAUCCUAAUCCACAAAACCUUUCGAUAGCCAAUAAAGGUAAAGAUCCAGCUACUACUACAGCAACCGGGACCGAACAUAUCGAUAAUCACCAUGGUUCACAUAAACAUCGAUGUAACCGUAAUUCUCACGAAUCACAUGGGCAUCGUUCUAUGGGCUGUGCUCGUGGUUCUAAAGCUGGAAGAGGUCGAUUGUACUCUAAACAUGGUAACUCUCGUUACAUAGAAAAUACCGUCUGGGAGAAUCUCAGCAAUGAAUUACAAGAUCCAAAGGAAGCAUUUCAAGUCUCAUCGGAAGAAGAUGAUAGCAAUGACAACCCUCUCUUUCCCGAGGAAUCAACAAUUCUUCUUGGCAACUUGAUCAGCUCAAAAAGAAAUCUCAGAAGUCUUCAUCCACAACCUGUCACAAUCUUCAGGUUAUGGCAAAAUUUUUUGACCAAUGUAAAUCCAUUGAUCAAACUGUUUCAUGCUCCUACAGUUCAAGAGAUGAUUUUAGAAGCAACAUCAGAUAUGGAUCAUAUUCCGAAACCUACAGAAGCCUUAAUGUUCGUUAUAUACCUCCUAUCUAUCGGAUCGCUCAAAGACGAUGAAUGUGAAAGUACAUUUAAUGAACCAAGAUCAAUACUUUUAUCGAGAUAUUCUCAUGCCACUCAACAAGCUCUUAUCAAUGUCAAAUAUAUCAAAUCUCUCAAUUUGACUUCUUUACAAGCUUACUGUUUAUUUCUUCUUGCAGCUCGUAAGCAUUAUGAUGCUCAUGCAUUUUGGAUUUUGACGGGUUCUGCCGUUCGAAUUGGUCAAAGACUGGGUAUCCAUCGUGAUGGAUCGUCUCAUAAUUUAUCUCCUUUCGACACAGAAAUGAGAAGAAGAGUUUGGUGGCAGAUUGUUUUCCUUGAUGGUUUUGCUGCGAAACUGUGUGGAGCUGGAUUCCCCGCCUGGCUCGCAAAAUUCGAUACAAAGUUACCACUAAAUGUUAGCGAUAGCGAUCUUACCCCCGACAUGAUAGAACCUCCACCCGAGCGCGCAGGUGCAACUGAAAUGCUUUUCUGCUGUAUUCGAUAUGAAGUUUCACAAGCUAUACGAAAAGCUAAUAGCUUUGGCAAUGGGGCACGUGGACAUGGACAUGGACAUGGACAUGGGGGAGGUGGCCGUGGUGGUCAUAGAGGUGGGGGCCAUCACGGUGGUGGUCCUUCAGAUAUUCCUCCUGGUUCCAAUGUCAUUGCCGAAAAGGAUAAAACUAUUGACGAAUUGGAGGCAAGACUCCAGGAGAAGUACUUGCAAUACUGUGAUCCAUCGAUACCUUUACAUUUGCUAUCGAUAUAUGUCGCAAAAUCAGUCAUUUGUACAAUGAGAUUAAUGGCUCAUCAUCCAAGACAAUAUCCCGAUAAAGGUGCGAGUAUGCCACAGAAGGAAAGAGAUAUGCUUUUCAACGAAUCAUUGAAGAUGCUUGAAUAUGAUGGAUUAGGUCAUUCCGAGAAGCUUGUUCAAAGAUAUCUGUGGCAUAUUCAUGUGCAUUUUCAAUUGGACGCUUUUAUAUACUUGCUCAGCGAACUUCGACGUAGGGAAAGGGGAGAAUUAGUUGAUAAAGCAUGGCAACAAGUCGAACUUGCAUAUGAGUUUCGCGCAGAAAUGCUUAACGAUACUAAAAGUAGCUUAUACUUUGCCUUAGGUAAUCUAGUACUCAAAGCCUGGGAGAAAAGAGAAGAAGGUAGUCGUUCACCAGAUCAAGUUACCCCGCCAAGGUUUAUAUCAAUCUUAAGAUCUCAAAGACAAAAGCACGACCAAGUUCAAAGAUCUAUAGAACAACAUGAUGAUAUUUCGGAUCCAUUCAGAACGGUUAAUCACUGGCAAAUGCCAGCUACAGCCGAAUCUUAUGUUAGACAAAAGCCACCUGAUUACAUACCACCACCACAACCACCACAACCAGGACCCUCAAUGCAAAUGCCAAUGCAAAUGCCCCAAGAACAACCAUGGCUCGCUUCAGAUUCAUUCCUUGAUACUUCAAUGCCUGAUAUCACUCCUAUGGACUGGGAAUAUUGGCAAACAUUAUUGGAUGGAGAUCUUCCUGCUUAUACUGGUCAACCUGGUAAUAACUAUGAUCAAAAUUGGUAG